UGGAGUUAUGGUGUAGUAAUGUAUGAGAUAUGGAGUCUGGGACAUAAACCUUUUGAAAACUACACCAAUCAAAAAUGUUUGAGGAUGCUUGAUUCAGGAUUUCGUCUUCCUCCUCCUCCUGGUUGCCCCAGGUCUAUAUAUGAGAUGAUGAUACAAUGCUGGCAUCCAGAUACUGGUAGUCGUCCUACAUUUGUACAGUUAGUAUCAAGACUCUCAUUAUCUGAUGCUAAACUGUUGAGUACAGUAUCAAGUGAUACUACAGCAAUAGGAGGACCACUGGAGACUGGACACCAACUAUAUACUGAACUACAAAAUAUGUAUCAGUAAUUUAAUUUUGUUUUCUGC